AUGAAACCAGAUUAUUCAGUUUAUCCUUCGAUGAUAAGAGCUCAAUCGGGACUUAUUUGGUUAUAUGAUAAUUCAAGCAUAGUAUCAACUUUUAAUGCAAGUUUCCCUCUCGAUGUGUCAGCUACUAAAUGCAACCAUUUAUCAAUAUGUCUUUGGUAUAUAAUACCUUUACUUUCAUUAGAUGAUUCACUUGGAAUGCAAUAUGUUCUUCUUGGUGAAUACAAUAAAUGGACAGCUGUUCGCCAACAACAAUUUAUUUUCAUAGUUACGGAUAUUGAAAAGAACCAAGCACAAGGCAUACCUUCUGGAAAAGUUCCAAUCGUUGUCUUUCAUUCAGCACUCAAAUUAGCUGCAACUGAAUAA